AUGCCGGUAUCUAAUAGUUCCUCACCUCCAGUUUUGAAUAUUUCGGUGGCAGUUAUACCUGUUUCACCUGAUGAAUCUGUACAAAAUAGGACUAUUACUGAGAAAAAAAUUACACAGUCUGAAGAAUCUCUCAAUAGCAAUGCCUCAAUAUCAACUGCCACAAUUACUUCAUCUACUGUUGAUUUAAUCCCUGAUUCACCUCGCUACAUGAAAUCAAUCUAUCUAUCUAUCUAUCUAUCUAUCUAUCUAUCUAUCUAUCUAUAUAAAGAUGUAGGCACAAUAUAUAUCUUUAAUAGUUCUGCAAAAUCCUGUUUGUCUAAUGUAUCACUUAUUGUGUAUUGUAGCCAUGCCCUUUCACAUUGGGGUGAUCGAAUGUGGUCCUUUGCUGUCGGAUUGUUCCUUAUUGAAAUUUCCCCUGAAAGUUUACGUCUCACAGCAACUUAUGGUUUAACAUCAGAUGUCAUGCUCUUUUUGAUGGGAGCAAUUAUUGGUGAUUGGGUGGACAAAACAGAACGUUUGAAAGUGGCCCGAGUAUCUUUAUUUGUACAAAACAUCAGUGUCCUUGUGUGUGCAUGUUUGGUUUCUGUCUACCUCAGCUGGAACACAGAAUUGACAAACUACUUGGAAGGAACCGGGGCUGUCAUUGCCAAAGUCUUUAUCAUAGGAUUGGCCAUUGUCUCAAAAUUAGCAAGUUUGGCUGGAAGUAUUUCUGUACGCAAUGACUGGGUGGUUGUAAUAUGUGCCCGGGACACAGACAAACUUACAACCAUGACUGCUGUUUUGCGUCGUAUUGACCUUGCUACCAAGUUACUAUCUCCAGUGAUUGUUGGCCAAAUAAUGACAUAUGUUUCGGUUGUAGCUGGUUCCUUGUUCAUUGCUGUUUGGAAUUUUUUGUCAGUUUUCAUUGAAUAUUUUCUGCUGUACAAAGUCUACCAAGCAGUUCCCAGUCUGUCCAAGAAGAAAAAAGAUGCUAAACUCAAUUCAGAUCCUGAAGAUGACAAUGUUAGAGAUAUUGAAACAACAGAGACACAGAUAGAUUGUCUUCCUGGACAAGAAGCAGAUCAAAGAUCUAAUAACAAUGUAAAUGCCACUCAUGAAAUUUCAAAGGAAUACUUGGAAAACAACAACAAACUAUGUUUCCUUGGUUUUGACAACAUUACAACUGGUUUUGCCUAUUCCCAAGGAGUUAAUCAAUCUAUUCUUGGAAUCCUAAUGGCUGUUGGUGCGAUAACUGGAAUCCUGGCUACAUUUGUUUAUCCAAAGUUGAAAAGAAAUGUUGGCUUACCAAAGACUGGUCUAAUAAGCUUUUCUUUAGAAAUCUUGUGUCUGGUGUUUUGUCUUUCAUCAAUAGUCACUCCAGGAAAUCCGUAUGGAUUGGUUUCAUCCCCUGAAAACCAUAUUUUUAAUCAAUCAGAAGAAGAGAACAACACAACAAUAAACUUCAAUAGAACUAAUGUUAAUGAUUCCUUAACACAGACACCAACUGAUGCCAUUAAAAUACCCAGUUCAUAUAUUUCUGUCAGUCUUUUAAUGGUGGGAAUAAUUACAGCACGGUUUGGUUUAUGGAUCUCUGACUUGACAGUGACUCAACUUCUUCUGGAAAAUGUGGAUGAGACUAAACGAGGAGUUGUGACUGGUGUUCAAAAUUCUUUGAAUAUGCUCAUGGAUCUUCAUUUUUUGCUUGAUCUUUUUUAUCUAUCUGAUGAUGCAAGGUAA